UUCUCUCGUCUCUAGCACGUCUCCGCCUCCUCUGUCACUCCAUGCGAUUCCUCCUCUGUCGUCGGUGUCAUUUCGGAUCGAUGCGCAAGCAACUCGGCAUCAGGUCAGGGCUCGUUGUGGACAUGCACUAUGAGGCCCGCAUCCAGGCCAUCAUCACCUACCACGGCUCCGUCCUUGGGGAGAAGAUGACCAAACCUCAAGCCCGAACCAUGUCGUUGACCAGGGAGCAGUACCUGCAGGUGAUUCCACAUUGGUGCGCCGCACAUCCUCUGUGCUGGGAGCAUAUGGUGGAUAGGUGGUGUUCGGCUGAGUGGGACGAGGCGCACACAGCUAGCCGGGAACGGCGUUUGAUGAUGCAAGGCCCCUCCCACCACCAAGGCAGCCAGAGCCUGGGCCAAUAUGCCGAAGCAUGGUCGGCGUCACAUGGUGGCAGGCCUUGCUCCACCUUCUCGGCCUAUGCUAUGGCCCAUAAGGGUAAGGCGACGUCCGACGUCACCUAUAACCCGGAUGACGGGCCCGAGGCCUACACCAACCCCGCCGUCUACAGCCGCCUCCAUGACUACACCGCCAUGGCGCAGGAGGUCCAUGGCCCAGACUAUGAUCCGAGCACCGAGCCGAUCGACCCCGAUGUGCUCAUGAGGGUCGGAGGAGGCAAGAGACAUGGGCGGUACUGGAUUGCCGACGGGGCAAUCGACUCAUCCUCCACUCCCACUCUGUCUCAGGUGAGAGCAUGGAGCACGGGCUCGAGUCCAGCCAUUCGACCUCGGCACGACAGCUCACAGCAUCGCAUACAGCAACUCGAGACCCAACUAGAAGAAGAGAGGAGGGAACGUCACGAGAUGGAGGCGAGGAUGAUGGCGGAGCGGGAGGCAGAGCGCCAGGCAGAUCAUCAGAGGAUGGCGGAGAUGUUCCAGUACAUGCAGAGCCUUGGCGCCGCACAGGGCAUCGCUCCACCACCUCCAUUGUUCCCUCCAGUUGACCCUGCUCUCUUCCACACUCCUGGCCAAUCUGGAGCGGCAUCCAACAACCCGCCUUCGGAAGGGUUCAGCCCAACGCAGCCCCGGUCAAACCGCCCACCUCCAUGAGUGUUGUGUUUUCAUUGUUUUAUACUUCAGAACUUAUGUAUAACACUUAUGUCUGUGUUUGAGACUUAUGUGAGACCUUGCGACGUUUGAUACUUAUGUUUGAGUUUGAUACUUGUGUUGAACACUUAUGUUUGUGAUGGAUAUUUAUGUUUGUGAUGACGGUUUUAUGUU